AUGGCUCGCCCCAACCUCACCUGGCUUAUAACCGGCGCCUCAAGCGGGAUCGGCUACGAAUUAGCCGUCUACGCCCUUGCCCAAGGCCAUCAAGUCGUAGCUACAUCUCGCUCACUCAGCCGGCUCCAUCCUCUCAGAGCCAAAGGAGCGGCUCUAAUCGAACUCGAUCAGAAUCAGUCGUUCGAGCAUGUUCAGACAGCCAUCAAAGCCGCCUUGGAGGUUUACCAGGGAGUGGAUAUCGUCGUGAAUAAUGCCGCCUACGUCCAGACAGGCAUGUUAGAGGAGACGACUCCAGAGGAGACUCUCCAAGAAUUUCAAGCCAAUGUUUUCGGCCCUCUUAACAUCUACCGUGCCAUCCUCCCCCAUUUUCGCGAAAAGCGCUCCGGUCUGCUCGUGACGAUCGGCAGCAUGGCCGCCUGGUACCCAAUGCCAGGUUGCAAUCUGUAUAACGCGUCUAAAGCGGCCCUUCGCUGUAUCGGGAUAGGUUUGCAGGGCGAGCUCGCCAGCUUCGGCAUCAAGCAUUGUCUGAUUGAGCCGGGCUACUUCCGUACGGAGCUCCUCAGCUCCACAGCUAAUAUGGCCAAGACUGACGAGAAGAGUCGUAUACCGGAUUACGCGGAGCUGAACGCCACAAAUGAAAAGAAUUUUGAUGCUUUUCAUGGCAAUCAGCUUGGCGAUCCGGUCAAAGGCGCGGAGAUUGUAUUCAAUGUGCUGACCAGCUCUGGCACCGCUACAGGGAGGGAAGUUCCACCCUUCUUCCCGUUGGGAAGUGACGCUGUGAGUGAAAUCACGAAAUCGGCGGAACAGACAAUCGAGCAGGUUAAGGAAUGGGCUGAUCUUAGUUCUAUGAGUGAUUUCCCGAGUGGGAAAUAG